AUGGUGUAUGUUCAGUGGAAGAUUGAUGAUAAACCUGUAAAAAUUGACAAGUGGGAUGGAUCUGCGGUGAAAAAUUCUUUGGAUGAUUCUGCCAAAAAGGUGCUUCUAGAAAAGUACAAGUAUGUGGAGAAUUUUGGUUUGAUUGAUGGCCGCCUCAUCAUCUGUACAAUCUCCUGUUUCUUUGCCAUUGUGGCUUUGGUCUGGGACUACUUGCACCCCUUUCCAGCAUCCAAGCCAGUCCUUGCCUUAUGUGUCAUAUCCUAUUUCAUCAUGAUGGGGAUCCUGACCAUCUAUACUUCAUAUAAGGAGAAAAGCAUUUUUCUUGUAGCGCAUAAAAAAGAUCCAUCAGGAAUGGAUCCUGAUGAUAUUUGGCAGCUCUCUUCCAGUCUUAAACGAUUUGAUGACAAGUACACCUUGAAGCUGACCUUCAUUAGUGGGAAAACCAAGCAGCAGAGAGAAGCAGAGUUCACUAAAUCCAUUGCUAAGUUUUUCGACAACAGUGGGAUGCUGGUCAUGGAGGCCUACGAGCCUGAGAUCUCCAAGCUCCACGACAGUCUCGCCACAGAGAGGAAAACGAAAUAACCCUUCCAGGAGCAGCCUUUUUUCUGCUGGGAUCAUGCUGACCACACAUACACACACACACACACACACACACACACACACACCAAACAA